CACACUUUUCUCACAUCCAACAGCAAAACACAAGCUUAGAAACACAAAGCAACUAAAGUCUCCUUCUUAUCUUCUUCUCACAAAAAAAAAAGCAAAAGACAAUGGCUUCGGCUCUGAAGUUCUUCACAUGCCUUGUUUUGACGGUGUGCAUAGUUGCAUCAGUUGAUGCAGCAAUCUCAUGUGGCACAGUGGGGAGUAGCUUGGCUCCAUGUGCCGGCUACCUAGUGAACGGCGGGGCGGUGCCAGCUCCAUGCUGCGCCGGAGUUUCAAAAUUGAACAGUAUGGCUAAAACCACACCGGACCGCCAACAAGCAUGUAAAUGCCUAAAGGCCGCUGCAAAGGGCAUCAAUCCAAGUCUAGCCUCUAGCCUUCCUGGAAAGUGCCGUGUUAGCAUUCCCUAUCCCAUCUCCAUGAACACUAACUGCGACACCGUCAAGUGAAGUGGGAACUCAUAUAUAAUCGUGAAGAUGAACAGUAUGGUCUAGCAUAAAUAAAAGAGGGUCUAUCUACGUUGACCUCAGCGUGUCCUAGUUUGUCUGGUUUUUAUUUGGUCGUUGAAAAGUUUGCCAUGUUACUUUGUAAUCUUUUGCUUCUUAUUGUGUCUUAGUUAUGUUUAAGAUAUGAUAAUAUUACCUUAUUAAUCAUCUUCUCUUUA